GUUGUUAAUCAGGGAGAUUGUCUGGGGAAAGAAACUGUUCCUGUGUCUGGCAGUUUUAGUAAAAGUUCUGUAGCCCGUGACAGAAGGGAGGAGCUGAAAGAGUUUGUGUCCAGGGUGCGAAGAGGAUCUUUUGAAGACACUGAGGCUUUGAAGGACAACCCACUCCAAGAAAAUCUGCCAACACUCCACAAGAGUCUUCCAGACAUCAUGUCCCUCCUUUAUAUUUCCAUCUUAUGGGUCUGUGCCUGUGUGGACAGUGCAGAAUCUCUGGUUACUGUAUCAGCUCAAGUGGGUUCCACAGUCAUCCUGCCGUGUAAACUGACUGAAGAGUUCAAACUGACAUCAUUUAUUAGGUGGCAGCUCCUUCAUAACACUGUGUUUGAGAGAAGCAGUAAUGAUACAUAUUCAGGUUCAGGAUAUGAAGGACGUGUGGAUGUUCCUGUGGACGAGCUGCGUAAAGGAAACUGUUCCCUGGUGUUGAAGGACGUCAGAUUUACUGAUGACAAACACUUUACAGUGGUACAUACGGAAACUGAGGAAAUGAAAGAAUUGAACAGAGUUAGACUCUCAGUCUAUGCUCUUCAAAUAUCAGCUCCAGUGGGUUCCACAGUUGUCCUGCCGUGUGAUUGGAGUCAUCUGUCCAUCAAAACUCCUUAUAUUAAGUGGUUUAUCGAUUCUGAGACUGUGUUUGAGCGAAAGGGUAAAGAUUCAUAUCCAGGUGAAGGAUAUGAGGGUCGUGUGGACGUUCCUGAGGACGAGCUGCUUAAAGGAAACUGUUCCCUGGUGAUGAAGAACAUCAGAGUUAGUGAUACAGGAAUCUACAGCAGCUCCAUGUUAAUUACAGACACACAGGAACCUGUCUUGGUCCAGAAGGUUAAACUGUCAGUUGUUGAGGGCAGUGUUAAUGAGAGAGUAUCUUUAUCUGAGGAUUCAGACUCAUACCAAACUGGAUGGAACAACUGGAUUAUUUUACCUGUUGUGAUUGUAAUCAUCAUCAUCAUCUGUGUGUCUGUGUACUACAAGGUGAAAGAUGGUCUGCUCUGAUCUCAUCAUGGAUUUCAGAUCAUCUUAAACUUCAUCCCUGAGCCACUGAGCUGAUGUUCAUCCCUGGAGCUUCAUCACCAUGUCAGGAUCUUCUGAUUUACUGCAGAACUCUCAGAUCACACAUCAUGGACCAUCAGUUACUCUUCUAUCUAACCUGACUUGGUCUUGGUCAUGUGAUGUUACACUAAAUAAUGAACUGAGAACAGCAGGAAUUUUUACAUUUAUAUUUUUGUUUUGUUACAACAGUAAACACAGUAUGUACAAUGGCUGAAGUCAUGUGUAGGAACUUUAUACAGUUGUAUGCAAAAGUUUUGGAACCCCUGACAAUUUCCAAUAUUUUCAUUUGUAAAUAUUUGGGUGUCAGCAAUUUCAUGUUGAUCUAUCAAAUAACCGAAGGACACUAAAGUAAU